UCUUCAAACUCGACGGCCAGCAGCCGAGUCUAUCGCGCGGUGCCCAUUUCAUUCGCAUCAAGAGACAACAAAAUCUAGAAAAUAUUAGGCGGAUAUACCCCAUCCCAAUCCUUACUCAUGGACUCUCCGGCAUCAUGAAGCUUCUUCACAUCCGGUCGAUUACUGCUUCAAGCAUCGUCCCGCCGCUGGCACGGCCUCUUCUCAUACAACGAAGCUAUGCCACCCACCGCGAUACGGCCAAAGCCUCAAGCGCAUCACGCCGGAAGGCCGUCACCCCUUUCAAUGAUGAUGGGUUUAUUCCCUGGCGUGAGCUAUCUGCGGCUGAAAAAGUGUCGCGCGCCACCCAGCAGUCUUUUAACUUCGGCCUUGUUGCCGUAGGCCUUCUUUUAACGGGUGGUGUUGGUUAUUUCCUUUAUCAAGACGUAUUCUCGCCCGACAGCAAGACAGCGUAUUUUAACCGAGCUGUCGACCGUAUCAAGCAAGACCCUGCCUGCUUAGCGGUACUAGGCGAGGCUAAGAAGAUCACGGCACAUGGAGAGGAGACAGCAAAUAAGUGGCGUCGGGCACGGCCCAUUGCGUCGACGCUGAAAACCGAUGCCCAAGGAAAUGACCAUUUGGUCAUGCAAUUCUAUGUCGAGGGACCGCUGAAUAGCGGUAUCGUGAACGUACAUCUUAUAAAGCGUACGGGUCGCAACGAAUUCGAAUACAAAUACCUAUUCAUUGAUGUGAAGGGUCACCAACGGAUUUACCUCGAAAAUGCCGAUUCCAAAUCAUCAGGCGGGGAUUCUAAGAAAUUCAGGCUCUUCGGAAUCAAUUGGACUUAGCGUCAGCUAUCUAGGGGGGUUGGAGCCGUCGAAGUCGUUUUGGUAAACCGGAAGCUCAUCUGUCACCCCUUGCAGAUCUGGCAGCAUUUCCAUAUAUAGAGAACUUCGAAGUCAUGAAGGCAAGAACAUACCUUGGAGUAGAUUCAAACUACUAUAUGACAGUGUCGAACUGUAGAUAUGAAGCGGCGGAAUCAAAUAGCAAGGGUUGGGAUUAAUCAGCCAACAACUGCCCAGGUGAAGGCUUAAUGCAUGCGUGUUUGUAAGACCAAACUUGUUUCAUAUAUCAUCCAUACCUGUUGAUCUCUAAUGCCCACGAUGGUGGCCCCAUUAUGAAGUGG